UUCGCCGACCCGGUUCGGAUUACCAAGGUGGGACGAGAGGGACAGCACAGGACAGAGAAACCGUGAGUUCCAAGCCAAAAGGAUUGUUGCAAUUACAAGCAAAUCUGAAAAAAAAGGCUUAACCAACCCCAAAAGGAGAAGAUCAUGGGGGGAAUUUUUUGCUUUUCUAGGGAAUCACCAUUACAGUUUAGAAACCGCCUUGAGGACUAGAAUCUUGAAAGAAGACAAAAAAAAAAAAAACAGUGACGGAGGAAUUUUGGAAAUUGGGUAACGCAGAAGAGAUGGGCCAAUGAAGAAUGUGAGAAGGGAAUAGAGAAAGAGAGCGGAAGGGGUUGGGAGAGAAGACCUCAGCAUGCAGAUUGAAGAGAUGAUUUGAUAUAAAGCCUGAGAGAUGCUGUGUUUCUCAAAAUCCGAGCAUCAUGUGUCAACUUCUCAUUGCAAAAUCUAUCAAUCUCAAUUUCAUUCUCUCUCAUACACCGCGUAGCUAACUAGCAUCACCACCUUCUAUCUCUUUGUUGUGUUCCUGGUACUGAUGGACAAAAUGGGAUUGGAUUAGAUAGAUGGGAUGGCUGAAUAGAUUCAUGCAUGUUAAAAUUAAUCAUUUUCCCCCAAAUUUCGUUGAACCCCACAUGGCUUGCUGGGAAUUUGCUUGCUGGCAUCCAAUAUACACAUCCCCGGUGAACAACCCCACAAGUUUUUGAACUUGCAGAAAUAUUCAGCUUUUCACGUAUGUUUCUCUUUGGUCCAACAUUUCGCUUGUCAUGAUUCUUCAAGAAAGAAGGAAGGAAGGAAAUGAGAAAAGAUGUUGAAUAUUUAAAGUUUUGAUUAUAUCCAAUGACUUGGCUGUGUUUGACGGAUUGACCCAGAGAAUGUAAAAUCAAGAAAUCAACUUCAGCUACAUGCUCUGUUGCACCUUUUCAUGCCCUCAUGUGCACUACAAGAUCAAAAAAAUAUGCCCACUUUCAGUAACAUUUGUUUUGUUCUACGAUUGGUCACUACUCACGUAUUAAACCUAGUUCUUGGAACAUACCAUAUUAUCCUGAUACCCUCAUGAGAUUAGAUUGUAUAUAACAGCGAUUGUUCUCUUGUUUUGGUUGUAUUCACAGACCAGUACAUAAGGGUCUCUGAUAUUCUGGAGGUAUGGUAUAUUUCCCUCCUUUUUUUUUCCUUGUUUGUUUUUAUAUAAGCAUUACUUGACAGGGAUAACUCUCCACUUUUAGUUCUAUUCACCUAUCAGCAUAAUAGGGUUUUUAUUUCCUAUAUAUGCAAUUAAUUGCCAGCCUCUUUUAUUACCAGCAUCAUGAUUCACAUUUGAACAGUUAAAUGGAUCAAUCAAAAAGAUUGAGAUGUCAAUCCUGCUAGUUAUCAGCCAUACCCAGUGCUACUCAGAAGUAAGAUCCUUUGUAAAAAGAUUUUGCUGUUUAGUUUAUUUAGCAUCAUGGUUUGGUUUGUACUCUUGUACUAAGUAAAUAAGAAAAGCCUCAGGAAGAUAAUUACUCAAUUUGUACUUGGUAAAUAUAAAAACAUGAAGGAAGAAUAAAAAGCUACAGUCUUUCAAACCCAAAACUGGUAUUAACAAAGGUUGGUUUGGCAAAACAUAACGACAACCGAAUCACUAUAUGAGUGGGGGAAAAACUAAAAGAAGUUAUGGUUACGCCUCUAUUUAUUGUGCAGUGAUGCAUUUAGCUUUGGCGUUUCUGAAGAGAUCUAUUUGUCUUUUAUGUCACAGUCACACACUGGUGUAACGCAUCAUUUGUACACAAGCAUCCUGUGUAAACGAGCAAAAGCAACUGUUCGGAACAGAGAGAGAUGGGAAAAAAAAGAGCGAAACAUUAAUAAUUAGAUGGAGUUGCUUUUCUUUCUUUCUCUUCUUUCUUUUUUCUUUUUUGUUGCAGCAACCAAAUUGCAGUUGUCUAGCUUGGCUUGAGAGAUGCCAAAACUCAUGACACACAGGAACAAAUACCCAGAAAGAGAAAUGAUCACCAGAGGAAUACCCGCACACUUCCUCACGCACGCACGCAUACUCAAAGCCAGAAGAGCCCCACUCCCCUCCUCCCCCCUACCCUACACAUCACUUUCCUCUUUCUCUCUCUAGCCAUCUGGACUAUGACAAGGACCAUGGCAGACUAAUGAGAGAGAGAUCAGAAUAGCACAGAAGCUCAGAAAAUACAGAGAUUUUACAACCAUUUACUAUCCUUAUUUUCCUCUUUUCCUCUUCCUUUCGUCUGAUUCAUCAUAUUAUAUAAACCACCACACUCCCAUGAGUGAUUUCUCAGCCUCUCGCUUUCUCUCAGAACAAGCCUUGAAAGAUCGUAGAGUUUCUUUUUUACUCCUCUAUCUCCAGCCACCAGCCCCUGUAAUUGCGUCCUCUUCAAUGGAGAGCUAUUACCCUUCUGACAACAAUGAUUCUCAUUUGCCUCCUGGCUUUCGUUUCCACCCUACAGAUGAAGAACUCAUCACGUACUACCUCCUCAAGAAGGUCCUUGAUAAUAGCUUCACUGGUAGAGCUAUCGCUGAAGUUGACCUUAACAAAUGCGAGCCAUGGGAGCUUCCAGAGAAAGCGAAGAUGGGAGAGAAAGAGUGGUACUUCUUCAGCCUGAGAGAUAGGAAGUAUCCAACUGGGCUAAGAACUAAUAGGGCUACAGAGGCGGGAUACUGGAAGGCCACCGGGAAAGACAGAGAAAUCUAUGGCUCAAAAACUUGCUGUCUGGUGGGGAUGAAGAAGACGCUUGUGUUCUACAGAGGUAGGGCUCCUAAAGGCGAGAAGAGCAAUUGGGUUAUGCACGAGUAUCGCCUUGAAGGCAAAUUUGCCUACCAUUGUCUCUCUCGCUCCUCUAAGGACGAGUGGGUCAUUUCCCGAGUGUUCCAGAAGAGUGGCUCCGGCAACGGCGGCUCCGCCACCAUAUCCUCCUCUUGCAGUGGCUCAAAGAAGACCAGAAACAUCAUGAACUCUUCUCCUAACUUGAGUCUCUACCCGGCUGAGCCCAGUUCUCCCUCCUCCGUCUACCUUCCUCCUCUGCUUGAUUCUUCUCCCUACUCGGCGGCCGCCGUCAACGAUCGUGACAGUUGCUCUAAUACCUACGACAGCUUGAAUGCCUCAAGAGAGCACGUGUCCUGUUUCUCCACAAUCUCUGCCACCGCCAGCAACAACUACAACUUCGACUUGCCUGCUGCGCCGCCGUCUGUUACGGUGGAUCCCGUUGCCCGUUUUUUUAGAAACGGAGGCGUUUCUUCCUUCCCGACCCUGAGGUCGCUGCAACUACAAGAUAACCUUCAGCUUCCCUUCUUUAUCCCGCCGCUGCCGCAGCAGCCCUUCCAAGGCGUUCCCGUUGACAUGAACUGGGCUACACCGGUUGACGAGCAAAGAGUAGCGGAUGGUGGCUCCGGCAUGACCGGUUUGGGCGGCUCCGAGCUCGAUUGCGUGUGGGGAUUCUAAGGCUGCCCUCGUCGAAUUAAUACCGAGUUUGAUCUUCUAGGAUUACAUAUGUGUUUAUGUUUAGAUGUGUUUUAAACUUUCUGUUGACCUUAGGAUUGGAUUAGGGUAGUUUAGUCUUGGUUUUUAUCGUACUGCGUGUUUAAGAUUCAGUCUCGGAACUACGGGGAAGUAUUGAAUGGUUUACGACAACUUAUGUUUAUGCCCUUCUUCGGAGAUGUUUCGCAUGAUUCUCUGACCUGUUCAAAUUAAACGCAUGUUAUUAUUGUGGGAAAUUCAUAUGGAAGUUCAGUUCAAAUGGUUAGGUUAACACUGCAAUAA